CCAGUGUUUCACCUUUUCAGUGGGCUGAGGGACUGACUUCUGUCUUGCUUAUCUUGGAAAGCUGACAGGGGCUGGUGUAUUCCAGGUGCCCGGGAGCCACUGAGAACAACAGAGAGCUGGAAGACUUGUUGCUGCUGUAGAGGACCUAUGGUAGGGCAGACAGAGGAUGAUACAGCUCAGCAGCCUGUCCCUAGGUGUGCCGUGAAAGGGGUUGGGGAGAGAAUAGUGGAGUAUGUGUCCAGCAUUCCAGCACUUCAGAGAGCUACCCCCAAGGGACUGGCUUCUGUUUCACCUGACUUGGAGCACAGGCAGGAGUGGACAUACUCUAAAAGCCCACUGGCAGGAAAGGGCACCAGGUUGGAGGCCUCUGAAAACAAGAGAGCUGGGUGGCUUGCAGCGGCUCCAGAGAACCUGAAGUACCACAGACAGAUAGCACAGGGAGCAAAAGAUUAUGAGAUCCUGAAAAAGGAAACCAACAAGUUCAUCUUGAGAAUUUGUACACACUGGUCGAGAAGAAGCAUCUUCAGGAAAGGUUCAAAAGGCAUGCAGAAUCUCUAGGCAGGCUGAUCAGUGAGGAUCUUUCUCUGUACAGAGCCAGUCCACAAAGACUGGGAGGGGUGAUAUUUUUUCAGAUGGUUGGAUCCCAACAUGAUGUUAAAAGACACACAAAGAAAUAGGGAAACAUAGCACAAUCAAAGGGUCAAAAUAUCCAGGAACCUACUUUAAGGAAACAGAUAUCUUCAUUAUCUCAGAAGGAAUUCAGACUAACCACCAUAAACACGUUCAGUGACCCAAGGAAAAUGCUGCAUGAACAAAAUGGUAUCAACGUAGAGAUUGAAAACGUAAAAAGGAACCAAACAAACAUUGUAACAGAUGCAAUAUGCUUCUUUGACCAAAUUGAAAGAUUUACUAGAGGAGUUUAGCAGCAGUGUUUUUCAAGGAGAAGAAUUAGUGAACUUGAAGCCAGGUCAUUUGAAAUUAUCCAGUCAGAGAAGCAAAAAGAAAAAGAAUAAAAAAGAAUGAAGACAGCCUAGAGUACUAAUGGGACAGCAUCAAUUUUAUCAAUGUAGAUUGUAUGGAAGUUCCAUAUGUUGGAAAGAGAAAGGAGCAAAAAGCUUAUUUGAAGAAAUAAUGGCCAAAACUUCCCAAAUUGAAGGAAGGCAGUGGACAUCCAGAUUCAAGAAGCCCAAUGGACUCCAGAGUAGAAAUCCGAAGACAUCUACAUGGAAACACACUGUAAUCAAAUUGUCAAAUAAUUUUUUUUCUUUUUUUUGAGAUGGAGUCUCGCUCUGUCGCCCAGGCUGGAGUGCAGUGGUGCGAUCUCGGCUCACUGCAAGCUCCGCCUCCCGGGUUCACACCAUUCUCCUGCCUCAGCCUCCUGAGUAGCUGGGACUACAGGCACCUGCCACCACGCCUGGCUAAUUUUUUGUAUUUUUAGUAGAGACGGGGUUUCACCGUGGUCUCGAUCUCCUGACCUCGUGAUCCGCCUGCCUUGGCCUCCCAAAGUGCUGGGAUUACAAGCGUGAGCCACCGCGCCCGGCUCAAAUUGUCAAAGAAUUUUGAAAGCCGCAGGAUAAGAAUAACUUGUCAUGUACAAAGGAGAUUCUGUGGGACUCUAAGUGGAUUUCUUAGCAGAAACCUUGCAGGUCAGAAAGAAGUGGGAUGAUAUAGUCAAACUGCUGGAAGAAAAACUGCCAGCAAAGUACUGUAUGUGGCAAAACUUUUCUUUAAAAGUAAAAGAGAAAUAAGAUUCUCAAAAUCUGAGAGAGUUCAUUACCACUAUAUCUGACUUAAACGCUAAUGGGAGUCUGUUAAAUGGAAACAAAAGGAUGUUCAACAUGAAAAUAUAAAAUUAAAUGAUAAAGCUAUGGACAAAUACAGACCUGCAUAUUAUUGUAAUGGUGAAGAAUCCUGCAAAAAUGUCUCUCUAUCCAUCUCUCGAAGACUUGAAGGUAGACAAAGUAAUUCAGGCUCAAACUGCUUUUUCUGCAAACCCUGCCAAUCCAGCAAUUUUGUCAGAGGCUUCUGCUCCCAUCCCUCACGAUGGAAAUCUCUAUCCCAGACUAUAUCCGGAGCUCUCUCAAUACAUGGGGCUGAGUUUAAAUGAAGAAGAAAUACAUGCAAAUGUGGCCGUGGUUUCUGGUGCACCACUUCAGGGGUUGGUAGCAAGACCUUCCAGUGUGAACUAUAUGGUGGCUCCUGUAACUGGUAAUGAUGUUGGAAUUCGUAGAGCAGAAAUUAAGCAAGGGAUUCGUGAAGUCAUUUUGUGUAAGGAUCAAGAUGGAAAAAUUGGACUCAGGCUUAAAUCAAUAGAUAAUGGUAUAUUUGUUCAGCUAGUCCAGGCUAAUUCUCCAGCCUCAUUGGUUGGUCUGAGAUUUGGGGACCAAGUACUUCAGAUCAAUGGUGAAAACUGUGCAGGAUGGAGCUCUGAUAAAGCGCACAAGGUGCUCAAACAGGCUUUUGGAGAGAAGAUUACCAUGACCGUUCGUGACAGGCCCUUUGAACGGACGAUUACCAUGCAUAAGGAUAGCACUGGACAUGUUGGUUUUAUCUUUAAAAAUGGAAAAAUAACAUCCAUAGUGAAAGAUAGCUCUGCAGCCAGAAAUGGUCUUCUUACGGAACAUAACAUCUGUGAAAUCAAUGGACAGAAUGUCAUUGGAUUGAAGGACUCUCAAAUUGCAGACAUACUGUCAACAUCUGGGACUGUAGUUACUAUUACAAUCAUGCCUGCUUUUAUCUUUGAACAUAUUAUUAAGCGGAUGGCACCAAGCAUUAUGAAAAGCCUAAUGGACCACACCAUUCCUGAGGUUUAAAAUUCACGGCACCAUGGAAAUGUAGCUGAACGUCUCCAGUUUCCUUCUUCGGCAACUUCUGUAUUAUGCACGUGAAGCCUUCCCGGAGCCAGCGAGCAUAUGCUGCAUGAGGACCUUUCUAUCUUACAUUAUGGCUGGGAAUCUUACUAUUUCAUCUGAUACCUUGUUCAGAUUUCAGAAUAGUUGUAGCCUUAUCCUGGUUUUACAGAUGUGAAACUUUCAAGAGAUUUACUGACUUUCCUAGAAUAGUUUCUCUACUAGAAACCUGAUGCUUUUAUAAGCCAUUGUGAUUAGGAUGACUGAUACACAGGCUUAGCUUUGUGUGAAAACCAGUCACCUUUCUCCUAGGUAAUGAGUAGUGCUGUUCAUAUUACUUUAGUUCUAUAGCAUAUUUGCAUUUUUAACAUGCUACCAUAGUACAUUUAGAAGAAUUGCCUUUGAUUUUUUUAAAAAAUGUGUGUGUGUGUGUGUGUGUGUGUGUGUUUGUGUAAAAUGCCAAUUGAGAACACUGGUUUCAUACCAUGUAAGCAUUAAACAGUGUAUGUAGGUUUCAAGAGAUUGUGAUGAUUCUUAAAUUUUAACUACCUUCACUUAAUAUGCUUAAACUGUCGCCUUAACUGUGUUAAGCAUCUAGACUAAAAGCCAAAAUAUAAUUAUUGCUGCCUUUCUAAAACCCAAAAUGUAGUUCUCUAUUAACCUGAAAUGUACACUAGCCCAGAACAGUUUAAUGGUACUUACUGAGCUAUAGCAUAGCUGCUUAAGUUGUUUUUGAGAUUUUUUAGUCAAUGCAUAAUGGAAACUUCUUUCUUCUAAAAGUUGCCAGUACCACUUUGUGAGAAGUGAAUCACUAUAUGUAAUGUAAAAGUUACUACACGUAACAGAAUAAACUUUUGACUCCCCUUUUGUUCAUUUGUGGAUUAAGUGGUAUAAUACUUAAUUUUGGCAUUUGACUCUUAAGAUUAUGUAACCUAGCUACUUUGGGAUGGUCUUAGAAUAUUUUUCUGAUGACUUGUUCCUUUUCCUGACUCCUCCUUGCAAACGAAAUGAUAGUGACACUUUAUCCUGAUUUUUUUCUUUUUUUUGGUUUGUGUCUAGUCUGAUUAAAUAUGUAUACAUAAACUUA